AUGAAUACAAUGGUUGUUGAACAAAGAAAAGCAGCUAAAGUUAGAAAAAAGUCUCUGUAUCCAUUAAAUGCUGCUGAUUAUCCAAAACAAGUUUUACCUGAUUUACAUUUAAUCAAAAUUUUUCGUGAUAUUGAGUUAUUAAAAGAAAAUUGUGAACAGCGUAAUUUAGUCCUUGAUAUAAAUCAACUUGCAUCAGAUUAUCAACGUUGGCAAAGACAUAAAAAAGAAUAUAGACGUUUACGUGAUCUUCAUCAUAUACAAGAAAAAUUACGUGAAGAAAGAAAACAAACAAAUGAUUUAACAAUGACUGAUAUUAAUGAAAUAGAUACAAGUAAAACGAAAAAGCGUAAGAAAAAAAUUCAAUCAGACAGCAAUACAUCAAAUGAAGGAACAUCAAAAUUAUCAGCAGAAGAUCUCGAAAUUCUUGAUGCAUCUGAAGUGAUUUCAAGUGUUGAUAAUGCUUGGAUUCAAUCUAUAGCUAGUUCAUCAUCAUUAACAAAUGAUUCUGCAUAUGCACGUGGUGAAGCCAUAAUGAAUGAUAAUGAAUUUAAUUCUUUAAAACAACAUUUUGAACAAUUUCGUCAAAAAUUUCGUUUAUUUGAUCAACGUUUUAUUGUUGCAUGUCUUCAUUUACCAGCUGCACAACAUAUUGCUGUACCAGCUAAACCAUCCGAUGGUUUAAUAAUAUAUGAAUCAUCAAUACCUAUUGUUAAACAUGCAUUUAAUUCCAAAACAUGGCAUGAAUUAUGUCAUGUUGAAAAAAGUGAUGUUUCAAAAUUCGGACCAUAUUGGCUUGGUAAAGCACCAUUACAUAAACAUGACUUAGUUCAUUCUAUAUGUACAGAUUUAACGAGAUUAGGCUUUCAAGAAAUGUCAUCAAUAAGUAUGGCUAAACCAUUUGUUUAUGAAGCAUUAGGUGCUAAUAUAAAUGAAAGUCGUCAUGUUUUAACAACAUUUGAAAGUGCAGAUGAUCCACGUUCACGUUCAUUAAUAACAUCAGGUUUAGGUUCAUUAGCAUCUCUAAUUGUACCAUUUGUACGUCGAACAUUUUUACAAACAGAUUUACCAUAUUAUGUAUUUACACAAGGUGCAACAUAUGAUGUUAGACAUGAACAAACAUAUAAAAUUCAAUUAUUAACAAUGACUAAUGUACGUGAUACACAUUUAAAAAAUUUUGAUGAUCCAUUAUUAUAUAAAGAAACAACAGAUUUACAUUUAAAUUCACCAAAUGCAUCAAUUGAACGUGAAAAUGAAUAUAAUUUCAAUUUAAAAACUAGUUUAUUGAAUAAAAAUCCUUAUCGUUUUAAAAAAACAUCUAGUUUAGAUGAACUUUUUAUUGAAUUAACGCGUUUAAUGUAUAAUUUAUAUGAUAAAUUUCGUUUACCAUUUCGUAUUAUUAAUUGUUCAUCUGAUAAAUUACGUUCAUAUGAAUCAAUGAGACUUGAUUAUGAAGUAUUUUUACCAAGUUCAAAUGCAUAUGUACGUGUUGGAAGUAUAUCAUUAAUUGGUGAAUAUUUAAGUAGACGUUUAAUGAUUCGACAUAAAAAAGUAAAAGAUGAUAAAAAUGUUAAUAUUAAAGAAAAAUUUACUCCUGAAAAUGAUUUACCAAGAGAAACAAAAUUUAAUUAUGUACAACUUAUACAUGUACAAGUUGUUGAUGUUGAUUUGUUAACUAAAUGUUAUGUUGAAAAGGAGCAAAAAGGUUUUUCAAAAGAAAAUAAAUCAUAA